AUGUCGACACUCUGUGGGGUUUGCACUGAGCGACCACCGAAAUACAAAUGUCCAUCAUGCGAAAUACGAUAUUGCUCGCUCAACUGCUUCAAAGUGCACAAGCCGGUCCAUGAAACGCCUGACGAUCCAACCACAGACAUCGUGCCCUCUUCGGAAGCUCACCUUUCGCAACCCAGCGCACCCUUUCUGGCCAGCGCAACCCUGCCACAGUCUUCUGAUGACACACCGUUCAAUGCGCUUUUGAGCAACCAUACCCUACAGCACCUCCUCCAGAGACAUCCGGGUUUGCGCUCCCAACUGCAAAGGAUAUACGCUUCCACUCUCGAACCGUCAUCGAACGAUGUUGCACCCGCUUCCCAUAGCCGCGGAAACAGAGGAUAUCGUGGCGGAUAUCGUGGACGAGGUCGUGGACGAGGUCGAGGAGAUGGCAGGCCGAGAGGGCCAUGGAAGCAGGAAGCUGCUGACAAAGGUGCUGUAAGGCAGAUCUUGCGAGUGCAGAACUAUGAAGGGGAAAGCGGUGACGGCAUGAAAGAAUUUGUGGCUUUGACCCAGAAGCUCUACGGAGAAAACGUCAGCGUGGAGAAGAACCAGGAUACCGAUUUUUCUGUGGAUCGCUGAAGAAGUUAAAGGGUUACCUGCUAGGGCAGUGAUUGUUACAUCACCGUCCAGUAUGCUGCGGACGCACAAGUAUGCCGGCGAUUAAACAUCGGAAUGUGGAAUGACUACGAGGGAUUAGCUAGUCGGCGGACAAAUCCGCACUCAAGCGGCCUCCAUUAAACAUAUGCAUCUUUGCGCAGCUGCCAUACACCGGC